CUAGUUCAUUGUCACGACACGGCCGCUUUCUGCAAAUCGCCGCAGAUGUGCGACUUCACUCAGUUAGAAUACAGAUGUUCUCAUCUGCGCUACAUCGUUCGAGCCUGGUGUGUUACAUAUCAAGAAACCCACGCUCGAUGUCCAUUAAACGUUGUCGCCAUGUAUAUGUUAAAGGAAAUUGUUUGUUACGGACGAUCUGACCCAUGCUCUAGAGAAUACAGGCUCGCUGAGGAUUGUGGCGAUUGCAGGAAGUAAAACGUCGUUACCUAUGAGAAGGUUUUAUAUACAGCACAACUGGAAGAGAAGAUUCAGUAUGCUGACUUCCAACCGCAUUGCUCGGGUUGAUAUUCUGGAGAGCAGCGAGAGAACGCGAUGCACAGGGGAGGGAGAGUCGCAUGAUAGGUGUACAGCGGUUAAGAAGUUGACUUGCCAUAGAUAAAACCCAAUCGCAAUUAGCUUGACGCACUCGUCGCAGAGCCUGGCCGAGCACGAGUGAAGUGCCCAGAAAGGAAAACGAAAGAGGGAGAUCGGCGAUAAGAGUUGGAGAGCCCCUCGCAAGCAAUUGUCUCUCCGCGGGCGAC